AUGCUCGCUCGUGGAGGCGCCGUCAUUGCCCGCGGAGCGUCUGUUGCCGCUGCCCGUCACUUCUCGCGCACCACUGUUUCGAUGGCUAAGAUUCGCAAGGAACGCGACACGUUCGGAGAGCUCGAAGUACCCGCCGACAAGUACUAUGGAGCCCAAACCGCCCGUUCCCAAAUGAACUUUAAGAUCGGAGGACCCGAAGAGCGUAUGCCAAUCCCAGUGAUUCACGCUUUCGGUAUCCUCAAGAAGGCGGCCGCUCUCGUCAACACCGAGUUCGGACUCGACAAGAAACUCGCCGACGCUAUCGCUCAGGCUGCUGAUGAGGUUGUCGACGGAAAACUCGACGAUCACUUCCCACUUGUCACCUGGCAAACCGGAUCAGGAACUCAAUCGAACAUGAACGUCAACGAGGUGAUCUCCAACCGUGCCAUCGAGAUUUUGGGAGGAGAACUCGGAUCGAAGAAGCCAGUUCAUCCAAAUGACCAUGUUAACAUGUCUCAAUCCUCCAACGAUACAUUCCCAACUGCCAUGCAUAUCGCUGUCGGACGUGAAGUCAACUCUCGACUCCUUCCGGCUCUCAAGAAACUCCGUGCUGCUCUCAACAACAAGGCUGAGGAGUUCAAGGAUAUCAUUAAGAUCGGACGUACCCACACUCAAGACGCCGUUCCAUUGACUCUCGGACAAGAGUUCUCUGCCUACGUUCAACAACUCGACAAUUCGAUCGCCCGUGUCGAGUCGACUCUCCCACGUCUCUACCAACUCGCCGCCGGAGGAACCGCCGUCGGAACCGGACUCAACACUCGCAAGGGAUUCGCCGAGAAGGUCGCCGCCACCGUCUCCGAUCUCACCGGACUUCCAUUCGUCACCGCGCCAAACAAGUUCGAGGCUCUCGCUGCUCACGAUGCUCUUGUCGAGGUUCAUGGAGCCCUCAACACCGUUGCCGUCUCCUUCAUGAAGAUCGGAAACGACAUCAGAUUCUUGGGAUCCGGACCAAGAUGUGGACUCGGAGAGCUCUCACUUCCAGAGAACGAGCCAGGAAGCUCCAUUAUGCCAGGAAAAGUGAAUCCAACUCAGUGUGAGGCCAUCACAAUGGUCGCCGCACAGGUUAUGGGUAAUCAGGUCGCUGUGAGCGUCGGUGGAUCGAACGGACACUUUGAACUCAACGUCUUCAAGCCACUCAUCGUCCGUAACGUCCUUCAAUCCACUCGUCUUUUGGCUGACAGCGCCGUCAGCUUCACCGAUCAUUGUGUUGAUGGAAUCGUUGCCAACAAGGAUAAUAUUGCCAAGAUCAUGAGAGAAUCCCUUAUGCUCGUCACCGCUCUCAACCCACACAUCGGAUACGACAACGCCGCGAAGAUCGCCAAGACCGCCCACAAGAACGGCACGACUCUCGUCCAGGAGGCCGUCAAACUCGGAAUCCUGACCGAGGAGCAAUUCGCUCAAUGGGUUAAGCCAGAGAACAUGCUUGGACCAAAGUAA